AUGGGCCACUUGAAUUUCACAAUGUUGUUGCAGGGGGUGAUGUGUCAGGCGGAGGCGGCGAGGCCUCAGCUUGUGUCCUGUAUGCAUGCAUUUCGGUUGUUCCCCGCCCUUCACCCCCCGGGGCUCAGUCGAACGGCGAACCAAAGCCAGCCAGGCUUCCUGCAGCCGACCACCCCACGGGACUUCCUUCCUUCCCACACCAAAAACCAACCAAAAACCAACCAACCAACCAACCAACAACCAACAACAACAACCAUGUUAACGGUCAACAACAACAACAACAACACUCAAACCGAACAACAGCAACAACAACAACAGUCAGAACCGACUAUCACACCUUUCUCGAACCAGUUCAGGAACUUCCUCACCGCAGAACUAAUGCAAGGCGUAACAAACGACACUCUAUCAACGACUAAUGAACACACAAACCAAGUGAACCCCAUCGACUCAUCAUUCGAAAGCCGGCUAGCUGAAAGAUUGAGACGAUUCGACGAACAGAUGGAUCAGUUCAACAACUACUUUACCAACACAUCCUCGGAUAACAACACUCCACCAGAGUUCCACUUUUACCCAGAGGAUGACCAAACAACAGUACCAAGAAUACCAAUCCCUCCCAACUACUGGGCAAGGCCCUCCAGCAGUUCUCACAGAACAGAAACACCUUCAAGAAACCUUCCAUCUGAUCAAUCUCAGACUAGCCGAGAACGUACAAAUGAAUUCAGAGAACAUUCCAUCCAGAGACGCUCGAAUCAUCGCCCUCUACCAAGCCUUUCCAAUGCCGAUAAUAGCUCAUUGUCAGAAGCCCUCAGAGGGUGGGAUGAAAACCGGAAGAGGAAGAACCAGGACUCUCGCAGUGCGCUUCACCCUCAUGACUCGCUUGGAAACCGGCCUCCGAACAGCAGCCAACCCACGACGGCUGAAUUAGCAGAGGCAGCAGCACGAGAGUCGAAUGCACGUCGCAGCUUACCAGCCUUCUACAGUCCAGACGAUGGUCACUUGAAAGUCAGAACAGUGGUCAUUCCGAUCGAUACCAACCCGAUGGAACGCAGAAAGAUCAUCGUCGAUUUCUCAAAAGAUGGAAGUAUCAGGUGGAAAGAUAGUGAACAGAAGACCAUCUAUGAGCGUUCCAAGGACGGCUUAGUGGGCGAAGAGAUCGGGGAGAUCGAAUUCGAUUACCUCUGUUUACCCAAGAAGCCACUCCGAAAGCCAUGUUCAAACCUACACUCCAACAACCGGUCCAACAACAACAGUGCUGCCAGGGACUCUUCUAUCACGAUUCCAUUAAAUGAGACGGACAGCAGGGCGAUUAGGGCAGCACUCAAUGUAAUCGACGAGGCCAGACAACGGGAACCACGUACGAUCCGUGUCCACCACGAUCUUCAACCGCGACACUUUGAUCAGUCCGGGUCCCGAUCCACCGACCGACCUGGCUUCCGGGUCAUCGUUGCUCGAAGUAAUAGCACUCGACCCUCCUCGGCUCGCGAUACCGGUUCAGACUCGUCUACCCAGACUGUCCGUCCGCAGGAUCAUCCGGGCCAGGAGACCCCAGCCCGUGCUGGUCGAGCCUCCAGGAGCACCAGCUCCUCUGUUGGCAGACUGACUCGUCGACCGAUCCGUUGGAUCGAGAGGCCCACAACCAGGGACCUCCUCGGGCCUGCUCCCUUGCGGGCUUCCAAUCCGGAUCCCAGCCUAUCCGAGCCUCUACCGCCUGCCUCCUCCUACUCCUCUUACAUCCGAACCCACUCCUCCUCAUCUGGUAUCGGUUCUCAUCAUACUGAUGCGGAUCAGGAAUUGUUUGCUGGGGACGUUGACUCCUUUUAUCAGCAGCUCUAUAACCCUAACCAUCCUCUUGAUCAGUUCCUCUUCUCCUCUACUAUCCAUCGUUCCAGACCUUAG